UUACUUUAAAACUUUUUUUGAAGAAUUUUGGCAAAAGAGGGUUACGUUUGGGCAUUGCUUAUGUUUUUCUGAAAACAAUAAGCUGGUUUUGCGAUUCAUCAGAUUUGCGGAAGGCUCUCAUUUGGGAGUUGUGUUGCUGUUGGUGAUUGGAUUUGAGCCGUUCUAUUGAUCUUGAUCUGGGCUUUUGCGCCCUGUGGCUUGUCAAAUCCAUGAUCAUCAGCGUCCCAUGGACCCCUCUCCAGUGCGAACCACUCCACCUCUCGAAGAAGAAGAUGAGUGGGACACUGAUGGGUUCGUGAUUCCGAGCUUGGUGGUUGAAGAGCAAGAUAAACAAAAUCAGGAUGCUCCAACAGUGGAAGCUUCAAAACCUCCAUCUCCGAAGGCGGAAAAAGAAGAGAAGAUCUACUUAGGACCGCACGGGGCUCCUCCUUCGCAAUCAAAGCAGCAAGAGGUAAACCCUGGUGGUCGUAAGCAGAAGUUCAAGCAGAAACUGAAGGAAGCGGAUAGGAAAAGUACCGGGGCAGGCCGAGAGAAUAAGUUGGAGAAUCUGAGAGAGCUUGUGGGCGAUGGGAAAGGAAGCAGCAGCAUGGCAAAGGGUUCUAACAGGGAUUGGUUAGACCCACACUGCCAUGAGUCUGAGUUCGAGAAGUGGAACAGCCGGUGAUCCGAGUAUCGCAUGUUAUAAAUUGCUCGAGACAUUUGAAAUUUGCAUCCCGUGUUAGGUUUCGAUCCUUUGUAUCUCCGAGACAUUGGAGGCCAUGUAUCUUGACAAUAACAUUCCAGAAUUUAUCGCAAUAGAAUUUGGUCAUUUAAACAA